ACGGAAGCAAAUUUCUCGAAGUCGCCCAGAUACGUGCAGACAGCGUCGCAGGUGCUGAAUCCAAUUGCGUUGUCACCGUUGGGUUCCUGCUCGAGUGCCUGGAAGCCGUGCUGAUUUUGCGCUAGCCUCUAGCGUAUAAUAGCGACGUUGGGCGACAAUCAGCGUCCGCAUGGAUUCACCUUCUCAAGCCGCUCUUCACGAUGCCGAGCCUGUAUCCCUGCCUGUUGAAGUAGUUUCUCCCGGGUCGCCAUUGGAAGUCCCCACUACAAGCGUACAAGAAGAAACAGAAAGGGCCCCGCGACUGUCGAUUGAUUCUGCAAGCAGUCAUGAAACAAUUCAAGCCGUCCCAGUUCGCGCUGUGAAAGAGUCCACCAUCUCUCAUCCAUUCAACGCGAUCGAGGUACCCCCAGCCGUCUCUGAGGAGCCGCAAUGGAAUGGAAUAGCCACACUUGAACAUCCUCCAAUACCUUCUCCCGACACAGAACCAGAUAUCAAAGUGCCUCCAAUGAACGUUGAUUCCGAAAUUCUGUUAAACCCGAGCGACUCCUCCCAGGCGAGUCUUCAAUCCAUGCAGGAAGCCCCUUUAUCCCCCUCCUCUCCCCCGCCCCCAAUCAUUUUUCCCCUUCCGAAACCGGUCUCCACAAGUGGAAGGCUGGAAUCUAUUGCGGCACUCUCACCUGCACCGUCCCCUGUAGUCAAUGAUUCUCGGAGGCCUUCUGGUACGCUCUCGCAUGGUCGAAAUAGCGUCUCUUUGGUCCAUAUUACAAGCGCGUUGGACAUAAUAGCUGCCUCAAAAGAAGCCAAGAAAGCUGGACCUCUGAAGGAGAGUAUUGUAGCUGCACAGGAUGUGGUGCGCUCAGAUCAAGCUGGCGAUCGUCCUCGGGUUGUCUUUGAGCCCCUACGUCUCGCUUGUGAAACGAAGAACGAGAAACUCAUGAUAGCCAGUUUAGAUUGCAUCUCUAAGCUGGUGUCGCAUUCUUUCCUUUCUGAAGUCGGCUCGGACGUCAAUAAUUAUGCUUCUCCUCCUGCAUCGCCAACAACAUCUUCUGCCAGUCAAGCUGCUUCAUUGGCUGACCUGGUGACCCACACGAUAACCUCCGCGUAUAGCGAGUCGACGUCCGACGCUGUCUCGCUUCAAAUUGUGAAGGCUUUGUUAUCUCUUGUUCUAUCUUCAACAAUACUAGUGCACCAUUCUUCCUUGCUUAAAGCUGUUCGAACUGUUUAUAAUGUCUUUCUCCUGAGUACAGAUACUGUCAACCAAACCGUUGCGCAGGGUGGACUUUCGCAAAUGAUUAAUCAUGUCUUCACGCGGUGUUCCUCCGCAACGAAGGAUCCACAUAGUCCUUCCGUGUUCGUACACCAGUACCACUCUCGAGCGUCGCCCCUUGUCUCGAAGCGAGAUUCUGCUGUCGCAGGCGCUGUCCCGGGCACUGUCCCGGGCUCUACUAUCCCAUCGCCUCCCGCCAGUCCUGAGACCUCUCAAUCCAACGAUAGGCCGGUAAUUAAUGAAGGUGAUGACUCUCCAAAAGAGGUUUCGGAGUCUCUACAGGUGCAAAACGGCGAAGUGGAACAUGAUCCGGAGGUUGGGAUUGCCUCGGGUCCACCCAUGACGCUUAGGGAUUUAUUCAUCAAGGAUGCAUUCCUUGUGUUCCGGGCGCUCUGUAAACUCACGAUGAAACCGUUGGCUACAGAAAGUGAACGAGAUUUGAAGUCGCACGCCAUGAGAUCAAAGCUGCUUUCGUUACAUCUCGUCCUGGCCACGUUGGACUCACACACAUCACUGUUUGUGGAUCCUACCGCCAUGAUAUACUCUUCUUCUACUCAAGAAUCCAACACCAUGCUUCAGGCUGUGAAGCAAUACUUGCUCCUCAGCUUAAGCCGAAACGCCGUCAGCCCCGUACAACAAGUGUUCGACAUCAGCGUGGAAAUUUACUGGAGGAUCAUAUCUGGGAUGAGGACCAAACUCAAAAAAGAAAUUGAGGUCCUUUUGAACGAGAUUUUCCUUCCUAUUCUCGAAAUGCGUAACUCGACUGUUAAACAGAAGAUGACUGUUUUGUCAAUGCUUCACCGACUUUGCGAGGACUCCCAGGCAUUGGUUGAGAUCUAUCUCAACUAUGAUUGUGACAGGGAGGCUUUGGAGAACAUUUACGAGAGGCUGAUGAAUAUCAUUUCGAAGAUAAGCUCGGUUACCACCCCAACUGCUGUUAAAGGGACAAUCCAAGAUGCAUCGCCAUCUGGAAGGAAGCAGAGUGUGACGUCGUUUGGAUCAAAUGGCGUUCCACCUUCCUUGACCACGUCGGCACUGGGUGCUACCGCCGCUUCCGAAGCAGCAGCACCGCCUACUCCAGCUGGAGCAGCAGAAGCGAGGCUCAAGCGCCAAGGCCUAGAGUGUCUAGUCUCUGUACUGAGGUCGUUGGUGUCUUGGGGUACAGCCAGUUCCAAGGGCGUCGGAGACUCGAGCCCAGACCCUCAAAUGAAGUCUCGGAAGUCCCUUGACGGGACGAGCGAGACACAUUCUCAAGAUAAUCUGGAUCGCAGGAGCCCAGCGAAUGUCUCUGAUAUCGAUCGAGGCUCCACCCCCAACCUCGUCGAUGAUCCGGAAAGAUUCGAGAGCGCAAAGCAGAGAAAAACAACCCUUCUUGAAGGAAUCAAAAAAUUCAAUUUCAAGCCGAAACGGGGGGUCCAGUUCCUUAUCGACACUGGGUUCAUCGAAAGCAGGGAUCCUAAGCAUAUCGCAAAAUUCUUGCUAGAAACGGAUGGGCUCAGCAAGGCCAUGAUUGGUGAAUAUUUGGGAGAAGGCGAGGAAGAAAACAUUGCUAUUAUGCAUGCUUUCGUGGACACGAUCGACUUUAGCGAUCUUCCUUUCGUUGAUGCUUUACGCGCAUUCCUUCAAGCGUUCCGACUGCCUGGGGAGGCACAAAAGAUUGAUCGUUAUAUGUUGAAAUUUGCCGCGAGGUAUAUGCAAAGCUAUAACGGCUCUGUGUUUGCCAACGCCGAUACUGUAUAUGUGCUCGCAUAUUCCACCAUCCUGCUAAACACGGAUGCUUACAAUCCCCAGGUGAAGCGCAGAAUGACGAAGGCUGAUUUCGUGAAAAACAACCGGGGCAUCAAUGAUAACCAGGACUUGCCGGAGGAUUUUCUUAGUUCUAUCUAUGAUUCAAUCUAUGCCGAGGAAAUACGGAUGAAAGAUGAGAUCGAGACGUCAAUGUUGAUGAAUCUUUCAACAGCCACUCCUGGACUUGCUGGGGCCCUUGCCAAUGUUGGGAGGGAUCUCCAAAAAGAAGCCUACAUUAUGCAAUCAACUGGAAUGGCUAACAAAACGGAGGCAGGUUUGGCACUGUUCAAAUCCAUGAUGCGCGCGCAACGAAAAGGGAAGUCCACAGAUCAGUUCUACUCUGCUUCGCACUUCGUCCACGUGAAACCCAUGUUUGAGGUAGCAUGGAUGCCGUUCCUUGCAGGCCUGUCUGGUCCUUUGCAAGACACCGAUGAUCUGGAUGUCGUGGAUUUAUGCCUAACGGGGUUCAAAGCUGCCAUCCGCAUUGUCUGUUUCUUCGAGUUGGAGCUCGAGAGAAAUGCGUUUGUGACUACUCUAGCAAAGUUUACCUUCUUGAACAAUCUGGGUGAAAUGAAAACCAAGAACAUGGAGGCCAUCAAGACGCUGCUGGACGUGGCUGUGAACGAGGGGAAUAAUCUCCGAGGAUCGUGGCACGAAGUUCUGACGUGUGUCAGUCAAUUGGAGCGUAUGCAAGUCAUUAGUAGUGGGAAAGAUGAGGGGGAUAGUCGCCGAGGCGGUAAAGGAAGGUCAAAAAAGCUCCCUGCCGAGGAGCUAGCUCACGAAAGUCGAUCUACACACAUCACCAUUGCCGCCGACAUGGUUUUCUCCUUAAGUCAUUACUUGAAUGGGACAGCGAUCGUGGAUUUUGUGCAGGCGCUCAGCGAUGUUUCAUGGGAGGAGAUUCAAUCAUCAGGAUUAUCCGAACAUCCUCGCCUUUUCAGCCUCCAGAAACUCGUAGAUAUCUCUUACUACAACAUGAAUCGCAUUAGGUUGGAAUGGUCGAACAUGUGGGUGAUAUUAGGAGAACAUUUCAACCAAGUUUGCUGUCAUAACAAUCCUAAUGUUGCAUUUUUUGCAUUGGAUGCGCUUCGGCAGCUUGCUAUGAGGUUCCUGGAAAAGGAGGAGCUGCCGCUGUUCAAAUUCCAGAAAGACUUCCUCAAGCCGUUCGAAUUCACAAUGAUCCACAACCAGAAUCCCGAUGUUCGGGAUAUGGUCCUACAAUGCCUGCAGCAGAUGCUUCAGCUUCGAGUCGUAAAUAUGCGGUCUGGAUGGCGAACAAUAUUCGGCGUAUUUUCGGCUGCAUCAAAAGUCCUCACCGAGCGAGUGGCCAUGGCUGCAUUCGACAUUGUCACCCGUUUAAAUAAAGAGCAGUUCCCAUCCAUUGUCAGGCAUGGGGCGUUUGCUGAUCUUACAGUGUGUAUGACGGACUUCAGCAAAGUCAGCAAAUACCAAAAAAUCAGCCUUCUUUCAAUAAACAUGCUUCGAGGCAUCAUUCCCAUAAUGCUGCGCAGCCCCGAGUGUGGCCUUGCGAAUAGCGCGGAUCCGUCAAGUCCCUCGACAUCGGUGGACGAUCCGAUGAUUAAGUUUUGGUACCCUGUUUUAUUCAGUUUCUACGAUAUCAUCAUGAACGGUGAAGACCUUGAAGUCCGACGAUUAGCUCUCGAUGCACUUUUCAGUACCCUGAAGAAAUAUGGAUCCACCUUCCCGUUAGAUUUUUGGGAUACUGUCUGCCAAGAACUCCUAUUUCCUAUCUUCUCUGUUUUACGGUCAUCGCAAGAUUUAUCUCGCUUCCAUACACAGGAAGACAUGAGUGUUUGGCUUUCGACAACGAUGAUCCAGGCGCUUCGAAACCUUAUAGAUCUUUAUACUUUCUACUUCAAGAUUCUCGAGCAUACUCUGGACGGACUUCUGGAUUUGUUGUGUGUCUGUAUAUGUCAAGAAAACGAUACGCUAGCAAGAAUCGGGACUUCUUGUUUCCAACAGUUACUUGAGAACAAUGUAUCAAAACUGAGCGUCGCACGAUGGGAGCGUGUAGUCACCGCAUUCGUCCGCUUAUUCAAGACAACUACUCCACACCAACUAUUCGAUGAGAGUUUGCGCAUUGAGCAAGAUACGUCUACCGAGUCCUCGGACAACACCGAAGCGUCAAGUGGUACGCUUCUUCCUGCGCCAUUGUCUCCCGGAAGCGAAUCACCGACAAUGAAUGGGAUCACUUUGGUGGUGGACCGUCGACGAAUAUUCAAGCAGAUCAUUGUCAAAUGCGUGCUCCAGCUACUUCUCAUAGAGACAACCCAUGAGCUGCUUCAAAAUCAGGAAGUUUAUACAACCAUUCCCCCUGAACAGCUUUUGCGGUUGAUGGCGGAGCUUGACCACAGCUAUCAAUUCGCUCGUGAGUUCAACGCAGAUCGCGAACUGCGUACGGGGCUGUGGAAAGUAGGGUUUAUGAAGCACCUUCCAAAUCUGCUGAAACAGGAGUCGAGUAGCGCAUCUACUCUGGUGAAUGUGCUCAUCCGCAUGUACCGGGACAGGCGGCCCGAGUAUCAAUCAACAAGAGAGCAAAUUAUGACACGCUUAGUGCCACUCGGUCUUGGGGUGAUGGAAGAUUUCAAUUUACUCAAAGCUGAAACGCAGGCGAAGAACAUUGCAGCCUGGACGCCUGUUGUAACUGAAGUCCUGAAUGGCUUCGUCUGCUUUGAUGAUCAAGCAUUUACAAUGUACCUUCCAGCGUUGUAUCCUCUGGCGACAGAUCUGCUGUCUCGGGAUAUGAGCCCUGAAUUACGGGAAGCCCUGCAAAAAGUUUUGAAGCGGGUUGGACAAUCAAAAGGCAUCAUCGAGCGGACAUGAUCUGUGACGUGUUUAGUUUUGAACUCCAGAUACAGAUUAGACUGUAUGCAUACAGUAUGUUGACAUUUAAUGUACUGUCACAGAGCCGGCCGGUGCACUACGACCGUCACCUGGCCUUCCCGUUGCCGCUCUCAUCGAAUGGUGUGGCAUGCAAAACGAAG